CCAGGUCGCUGCCUGGGGGACUCAGGCACGGGUGGGUGACUCCAAAGUGGAGGACGCGGGUGUCCCGGGCCGGCGCCGGAGCGCUGGGAUUUCCAGGCUUCUGCAGGCCGACUCGGAGGGGUCCGGGCGAAGUUCCUCGCGGGGCGGGGCGGGCCGGGGGGGAGGCAGGGUGGGCUCGGCCGUCGCCUCCCCUCCCCUCCCCGCCGGUGGCCGGCACCUCCUCCGUUACCUGCAGCGGGGAGGGGCUUGGGAAAGUUUGUGUUUGUUGCUGGCAGAGCGCCGAGCGGGAGGCGCGGGCGGGCGGGCGCCGCUCUCUUCCCUUGUGCUUUCGGGAAGCGGUCUGGGCUGUGCUCUGGGAUCGGCGGGGCCGGCUCCCGGGCCGGCCGGCGGGCGGAACAGGGUGGGGAGGAGCGGGCGGGCACGAGCGGAGCCCGGGGCGCACGUACGCCCCAACGCGGGGAUUUCUCGGCUCGCGAGGAGAGCAGAGCAGGCGCGCGGCCCAGCGGAGGAGCGCGGACUCUGGAGCAGCCGGAGCUGGAGGAGGAGGAGGAGGAGAGGCGGCGGGGAAGGAGGAGGGGGAGCGUCGCUCCCGCCGGCCGAGCAUGGGGCGCCCGGCGCCGAGGCCGCUGCUCCUGGCGCUCCUGUCGCUGGCUCUCUGCCGAGGGCGAGUGGUGAGAGUCCCCGCGGGGACCCUAGUCCGAGUGGUAGGGACUGAGCUGGUCAUCCCCUGCAAUGUCAGCGACUACGAUGGCCCCAGCGAACAGAACUUCGACUGGAGCUUCUCAUCUUCGGGGAGCAGCUUCGUGGAGCUCGCGAGCACCUGGGAGGCCAGCUUCCCUGCCCAGCUGUACCAGGAGCGGCUGCAAAGGGGCGAGAUCCUGUUAAGGAGAACCGCCAAUGAUGCUGUGGAGCUGCACAUAAAGAACGUGCAGCCCUUGGACCAAGGCCACUACAAGUGCUCAACCCCCAGCACAGACGCCACUGUCCAGGGCAAUUAUGAGGACACGGUGCAGGUCAAAGUGCUGGCCGACGCCCUGCUCGUGGGCCCGAGCGCAAGGCCACCGCCCAGCCUGAGCCUGCGUGAGGGAGAGCCCUUCGAGGUGCGCUGCGCCGCUGCCUCCAACUCGCAGCUGCACACGCACCUGGCCCUGCUGUGGGAGCUGCACCGUGGCCCGGCGCACAGGGCCGUCGUUGCGCUCACCCACGAGGGCAGGUUCCGCCCGGGCCCUGGCUACGAGCAGCGCUACCACAGCGGGGAUGUGCGGCUGGACACGGCGGGCGCCGACGCCUACCGCCUCUCCGUGGCCCACGCGCUGUCCGCCGACCAGGGCUCCUACAGGUGUGUGGUCAGCGAGUGGAUCGCCGAGCAGGGAUACUGGCAAGAGAUCCAGGAAAAGGCCGUGGAGGUUGCCACCGUGGUGAUCCAGCCCACAGUUCUGCGAGUAGCGGUGGCCAGGAAUGUGUCAGUGGCUGAAGGAAAGGAACUCGACCUGCCCUGCAACAUCACCACGGACCGCAUGGAUGACGUCCGGCCCGAGCUGACGUGGUUCUUCAGCAGGACGCCCGACAGCACCUUGCCUGCCCGCCAUGUGUUGGCGCGACUGGACCGUGACUCCCUGGUGCACAGCUCCCCUCACAUCGCUGUGAGUCAUGUGGAUGCACGCUCCUACCACUUACUGGUUCGAGAUGUUAGCAAGGAAAACUCCGGCUACUAUUUCUGCCAUGUGGCACUCUGGACACCAGGACACAACCGGAGCUGGCACAAGGUGGCAGAGGCCAUGUCUGCCCCAGCCAGCGUGGGUGUGAUGUGGCUAGAACCUGACUAUCAGGUGCACCUGAAUGCUUCUAAGGUCCCCGGCUUUUCAGAUGAUCCCACUGAACUGGAAUGCCGGGUCGUGGACAUGAAGAACUCGGAGGCAAGUGUCCAUUUUACCGUGUCAUGGUACUACACAGUGAACCGGCGCAGCGACAGUGUGGUGCCCCGUGAGCUCCUAGCAGUCAUGGACGGGGACUGGACACUGAGAUACGGAGAGAGGGGCAAGCAACGGGCCCAAGAUGGAGAGUUUAUUUUUUCUAAGGCACACAAAGACACAUUCAAUUUCCGGAUCCAAAGGACUACAGAGGAGGACCGAGGCAAUUACUACUGUGUGGUAUCCGCGUGGACCAAACAGCGGAACAACAGCUGGGUGAAGAGCAAGGAUGUGGUCUCCAAACCUGUCAGUGUAUUUUGGGCAUCAGAAGAUUCCGUGCUUGUGGUGAAGGCAAGGCAGCCAAAGCCUGUCUUUGCUUCAGGAAAUACAUUUGAGAUGACUUGCAAAGUAUCUUCCAAGAAUAUUAAGUCACCACGCUACUCUGUCCUCAUCACAGCUGAGAAGCCUGUCGGGGACUUCUCCAGUCCCAAUGAAACAAAGCCUAUCAUCUCCCUGGACCAGGAUGCUGUAGUGAAGCUGGAGAACUGGACAGAUGCUUCACGGGUAGAUGGUGUUGUGUUAGAGAAAGUGCAGGACGAUGAGUUUCGCUAUCGAAUGUACCAGACUCAGGUCUCAGAUGCAGGACUGUACCGCUGCAUGGUAACAGCCUGGUCGCCUGUCAGGGGUAACCUGUGGCGGGAAGCGGCAACCGGCCUCUCCAAUCCUAUUGAGAUAGACUUCCAGACCUCAGGUCCCAUAUUUAAUGCCUCUGUGCACUCGGACACACCAUCGGUCAUCCGGGGAGAUCUGAUCAAAUUAGUCUGUAACAUCACUGUCGAAGGAGCACUGGAUCCAGAUAACAUGGCCUUUGAUGUGACUUGGUUUGCGGUGCACUCCUUUGGUUUGGACAAGGCUCCUGCUCUCCUGUCCUCCUUGGAUCGGAAGGGGAUCGUGACCACAGGGCGGAGGGACUGGAAGAGCAACCUCAGCCUGGAGCGUGUGAGUGGGCUGGAAUUUCUGCUACAAGUACAUGGCUCUGAGGACCAGGACUUUGGCAACUAUUAUUGUGCCGUGACUCCGUGGGUGAAGUCCUCAACAGGUUCCUGGCAGAAGGAGGCGGAGAUCCUCUCCAAGCCCAUCUUUAUAACUGUGAAGAUGGAUGUGCUGAACGCCUUCAAGUAUCCGCUGCUGAUCGGCGUGGGUCUGUCCACGGUCAUCGGGCUCCUGUCCUGCCUCAUUGGCUACUGCAGCUCACACUGGUGCUGUAAGAAGGAGGUGCAGGAGACGCGGCGGGAGCGCCGGCGGCUCAUGUCGAUGGAGAUGGACUAGGCGGCCAGCAGGGAGGGACCGAGGACGCUCUGGGGCAGCGUGGGUGAGAAGAGGACAGUGAUAUUUUAAAACGAAGUGUGUUACACUAAAACCAGUCCUCUCUAAUCUCAGGUGGGACUCGGCGCUCACUCUUUUCUGCAUGUCAGGUUCUGAGCGCGGACAUGUUUACCAGCACACAGCUCUUCAUCCCACGGCACUUUCUGAUAUAUAACAAUCGAGUGUGUGUUUUCCCGACUGCAGCUUUUUAACGGUUAACCUUCGUCUAAUUUUUUUCUCCUACUGGCUUAUAGAUCCUCUGACUUGUGUGUGUUGAUGGCUUUUGUUGCGAGGGCGUGUGGUGAGGAAGGGGUAAUGGCAUUCAGAGUUCUUUAUCUCGGGUGAGAUUGUGCCCGCCCGCAGCAGGGGCUGAUGUGGGGAGGGCUGCUGUGACUACCCCGGCCGGCCGAGAGGUGACACAGACCUGUGUCGAAGGCCAGCUUGUCGUUUAUACUCCCCUACCCCAUCCCCUGUUUCCAGGGGUCUAGACUACAUUUGAAAUCUCAACUUGGAUUAUGUAACUUCUUAUCGAGCCCAGAUGCAUUUUUUUUUCUUCUCUCCCUCUUCUCCACUUCUCUUGCAUCUGUUUUCUGUGAGCGUGCUGACAGGCCAGCCCCGGAGUCUGGAAUUUGGCUUCCCACCAAGCACCUUAUCUUGCCACCUUCGCCUUAAGAAUGAACAUGAAGACAGGUACACAGCCACCUCUGUUCAGCGCAGUUAGAAGUCCUGUGAAGAAGAGGAGGUUGGGGACCAGGAAGGACGGACAUUCUGUCAGAUGGAUCACAACCGCCGAGCCUCAGGGGCGCCCGUGAGACCAGGACAGGGAUCCAGGAUGUGAGGGUUAUGCAACCCGGGUCAGGAGGUCAGGGCAGAUAGGGCGAAGCUAGGCUGAAGAAGCCCCUCUGUCCCCCUCCCUCCCUUCAUGAGAGGCAAACGUGUUGGCCACCAAGGGACUCGCAGGGAACCCUCAGCUGUGCCAUGUCCUUCACAUGCCAGUUGGGUUCUUCAUGUGAAGGCAGAUUGCUGCUUGCAAGAUUGACUGACUUCAAGGACUCAGAAAUUGCCUAGAGGAGUUGUGUAUUUUCCAUGACCUUUUCAGUCCUUCAAGUCUUUUAAAAAUCCUCUGCAGGGGGCUAGUGAGAGAGGGUAUACUUUGUGGUAUGUUUGCUUUCCUGUUAGGAAACCCAGCAAUUUACUGCUGCGUGAACGGCCUAUAAAGUAGGGUUGAGAGCAGUCACUUUGCCUGACUGCUCCCAUUAGGAGCAGAGGAGCAGACAGAAGAGAUGGUCCAGGUCCCGGGCUUCUUCUGCUCUAGCAGUGUGCCCCCUCAAGGCCCCUGCCCCUCGAAGUGUCACACCCCACGCUGCACUGGCCUUCCAAGAAGCAUCCCAGUAGGGUUUCCCGAGGCUCCCCAGGACUCGCCCUAACUGCAGUCCUUUGUGCUUUUAUCCUGGCUCUAAAGGAUCGAACACACUGUCUUCCAAAGGAGAAAACAAUUCGUUUGUUUUGAGCAAUAAAGUAAUACAAAUUGAUAGCCAUUCAUGUGCGGCUCUUUGUCACCAUGGGCAGAUGAGACCAGCUCCUCCCUGCUCUCCAUCUCCUCUCCUUCCCUCUCUCUGCUGCCUAUGACUGGGUCUGCACUUAGCACUUAUUUGAUCCAGAGGCAGAUUUCUACCCAGUUUUCCCUUUUUAUUUUGCCCACCGUGGAAACCACUCCUGUAGUUGAAGUGCUAGGUUCUGUGCUGAUGGUUGCAGAAGAGCUGGGUUCUGGGCCUCAAGUCUGGUGGGGAAACAGGCAGCAGCUAUACACAACCCCAGUGAGAGACUGGAGGAAAAAGAGACCUCGAUGGCACUAGAUUUGGGUAUUUUCUGCGUGUCAUUUCCUAAGUAUGCUGUUUCGGAGGGGGUGGGACACAGAUGAUUGUAUAAACAGGAGUUAAAGCAGCAGGUGCUGUAUUAGUAGCAGCCAGUGCCCUUGAACUCUUAGUUACUAAAAGAAGAUUGACGAUUGUUAUAGCACAGGUGCUUCUUAGCUUGGACAGGAGCAGGUGGGUCACACCAGACACUUGGUGGUGGUAAAAGGAUCGUGUGGUCACACGUUAUACCUUUUCCUUUCAAAUGGAUGGUGCAGUUCAAGGCUGAGUUGUUAAAGCACUGACCUCCACACAUCUCUGCUAUGUCCAUCGGGCCAGCCAAUCCUCGGGUCACCUGGGGGCAGGGAGAGGGGGCAGAAAUCCGAGGACAUUACACCAAGGAACAUAAACUUGCUUGGGAUGUGUGUCUGUUUUAAAGUAUGAGGUACGCUCUUGUACCAAAUAGGGCUUCCCACAAAGUGCUCUUCUGGGAGAGGCUGCUGCCAGCAGCAGCACUUGGUGUGAGUGAAGGAGGGACUGAGCCAGGCCUCAUAUGGAUGAAAUUGCACUUCUUGACAAAAAAGAAACUAUGGAAGGUUGGGUUUUUUCCUAAACACAAAGGUGUAUCCAGAAAGAGCCUAAGCUGUAUUCAGAUAGAAGCCUCAAAAUUACUUUAGAUUGUUUACUUUAUGAUGUUUACAUACACGUUUCACUUUUUAAAAAAAGAAAAAUGCAAACUCUGGCUUUUUAAAAACUUUGCAAAAUUUUCACGAGACAAUGGAACUCUGACUCACCAGCUGAAUUAAAUCUUAAUUUAGAGGUGUAUUUAUAUGUGUGUUUCCCCCCCUCCUAGCCAUGUGGCUCCCUCCUGCCCAGAUCUUUGUCUCUUUCCCCGGUGGCUCUUGCCUCUUGCUUUGCAGCCUGCCUGCAGCCGUGAUUUUUGUCACUGACAUCUGUGAGCCAAAGACCGAGCCUUUUCGGCAGGAACGAUAAGCAAUACUACCCGACUUGCUACUUUCAGAAAACUUUCUUUAGCUUCGCCGAUGACAACAGAGGAAGAAGGGAACUGGGAUUUGGGUAAGUUCUCCUCCACUGUUCGACCAAAUUCUCAGUGAAGAAUAUAUGUGCAGAUCCCUAGGAGACCAGGCUGACUUUCUUUCUUUUUUAGUGUGGCACAUAAGGAUCUGCAAAAUUUUCCGUAGACAAGGAAAAGGUCUUAUGUAUUUUUGUCCAUAUCCAAUGUUAUAUGAACUAAUUGUAUUGUUUUAUACUGUGACCACAAAUAUUAUGCAAUGCACCAUUUGUUUUUUAUUUCAUUAAAGGAAGUUUAAUUUAAAUUGUA